UGGGGCGGGAGGAGGAGGCGGUGGCCGAGCGGGGAGGUGCCUGGGGCAGCCUCCAGGGUCCGCUCUGCCAUUCCUGAACUGGUCCGGGUCCCCGUGACUGUGGCUUCAGGGAAGCGAACUGUUAGGCGAAGGAGGAGGCAGUCAGAGCCAUAUCCCCUACUUCCCCGGGGCGGGGGCCGGGCCUGGCCGGCUAAGGAGGGGGAGGGCCGGGAGGGCGUCGGGCCGGGCCGGCCUGUCUGCGGAGAUGGAUGACAGCAAGGUGGUUGGAGGCAAAGUGAAGAAGCCUGGUAAACGAGGACGGAAGCCAGCCAAAAUUGACUUGAAAGCAAAACUUGAGCGAAGCCGGCAGAGUGCGAGAGAAUGCCGGGCCAGGAAAAAGCUGAGAUACCAGUACUUGGAGGAGUUGGUAUCCAGUCGGGAAAGAGCUAUAUGCGCACUCCGAGAGGAACUGGAAAUGUACAAGCAGUGGUGCAUGGCAAUGGACCAAGGGAAAAUCCCUUCUGAAAUAAGGGCCCUACUCACUGGCGAGGAGCAGAGCAAGCCUCAGCAGAACUCAAGCAGGCAUCCCAAAGCUGGGAAGACAGACGUUAACACCAAUUCGUUGGUGGGGAAUUGAACCUGUGGCUUCAGAUACGAUGAGGUGAAGAUCAUAUAAAACGCAGUCAGCGAUCAAAGCCAAUGGUGUAAUGUCUGUGGAGGACGAAUGGGGCAGGACUUUGCUGCUUUGCUCCAUUUUCUAUGUACUGCUCAGUAAGCAUCUCUGUAAGCCCAAAGUCUCUACCAUACGUGUGAAGAUGCGUCAGGAAGGUCCUUGCGCAGCACUUAGACUUGCCGGCCGACCUUCAGACCUGCUCGGUGUUGCUUUCCACGUCGGUUAACAAGUCGUGAUGCCGAGCCCGUGGGAGCAGAGGAAUUGUUUGGAAGCGCACGUUUGCACCUUAGCCCUGUGGCUUUCAUGGUUAAUUUCUACUUGUACUAUGUAAUUGAUGGAUUUGUGUGUAUGUGUGUUUAGUUGUCACUUCUUUUCUUGUUUUUAAUUACCCUGCAAAAAGACACCAAAUAGGCUGUUUGUCCCCCGUGGUUCUCAGCCCUUAUGGACCUAAUAUUACUCCUUUCUAGUUACUUGAGUAAUGUUUGCUUGUCUGUGAGCCAUUCCAGCAUAAGCUGUGAAUAUGUAUUAACAGAUAUACCCACUUCUAUUUUUAUAACCCAUAGUGAUAUGCCUGUUUUAAAGAAUGUCCAUAACAAAGCCCAACACACAGCCCCCGACAGCCUCAUUUUGCUGUUUCCUCUGACUGUAUUUAUAAAAGCUAGCUAGGGCCAAAUCCGUGCUUGGAGAAUAAUUAGCCACUGUUUAUUUUGAAGUGAAAAGUAAUCUUUUAGUAGCAUCCAUUACCUUAACCUGCAGUAUGUGUGACAUGGUUUCUGCUGUAUGUACACAUAUUUGUACACACAUUUGCUUGUGCACUCAGCUGAGGCAUGGGGUUUUCUGAAGAGUACAGAAUGAACGUAGCUGCUGACUAAUGAGACUAAGUAUCUGCCUUGCUGUGUAGAGCACAGGCCACCCUGCUGGUGACGCAAUGGCUGUUGCUGUUGGCAGAAUACUCAGUUCUUCCCUGACAUGAGUGUCCUUAUGAAUGUGUUCUGAGCCACAGAGAAAGAAGCCUACUGUGUGCUUGUACCUGCUUUAGCCUGUGCUCCCACUGUACCGGGGCAUCCUGAGCUGCACAUUGCACUGCAGCCUGGGGCCCGGUGGGUAUGUGGCGUGGCAUGUAGUUCUGUAUGGUUCCCAGCACAGCCGCAUUUGCAUGACAUGGAGUGUGGCUGGGGGCAGAGCUCAUAGUAGGAGAGGUUCAGAGAAUUUCUACUUCACUCGCUUCUCUCACUAGUUCAGUCAUAUGUAUUCUCUGUUGCUGCUAAUUACAAUUGUUCCUCCCUCUGAUGAAGCAGGAAUUUGACUUCCAGAAAAAGAAGUAUUUGCCACAGACUGGCAGUUGGAGGGAGGUAUCAUAGUUACAGGCAUGUCCAACCCUUUGACGUUGUGACUUGAAGCCUGAGAAUUGAAUGUUUUAAGUGAGUUUACAGUUUUGUGUUGGGCCACAUUCCUAGCUAUUCUGAGGCAUACGCAGCCUGCAAGCUGUGGUUCAGACGUGCCUGGAAGGUUGUCUGUGAGGUGGGACAUGAGAUGGACUGUGUAGCUUGCGAUCUCUGGACAGGCAUGUCUCUUGAACAGAUGCCUCUUGUUAGCUGAAGAUUCCCUUGAGCGCAGGCAUUGAACUCAGAUCUCCAUGCUAGGUGUGUGCGACCCCGACAGAGCACUUGCCCAGCUUGCUGGGAUUCUCUGUGUUUUAGAAAAAUGGGCAUUAAGGGUAUUUAAUGUCGUCUUAGGACCAUAAGUGGAGACAAGGACUGUUGAUACUCAGGCCCUUCAGAAUGUCAGUGUUUUAAAUGUAGUGUUCUGACUGUGUUGGGGGUGUUUAAAUGGGUGUGUUUAAAUGUAGUGUUCUGACUGUGAUGGGGGUGUUUCUGCCACUGGGCCGACUCAGUCAUAGACUUUUACUUUGCAGAACAGCCAAUGAUUUUAUGUUGCUUUGUUUGUUGCCUUUUGAAUUCUCCAGAAAACAAAAAUUGUUUUCAAAGCAAACAUUCCAGGAUGAAUGUGGCUCCUCAGUGGAAUGUCUGCAUUGUGCUUGAAGGUUCUGCAGGUUGUCCUUGUAGUUGCAGGGUCAUCCCAGGUUGUCCUUGUAACCACAGGAUAAUCCCCAAGUAGAAGAGAUGGACUUGGAGUGAAUGUUGAUUACACUUUGAGUUCUCUCUAGGGCCUGUAUCUCUUUAAUGUUCUGGAGGUAUCAAACCAAGAUAAUGGCCCUCAGCAUUUGAAGGGAACAUGAUGAUUGCACUGUGUACUGUGCUGGCCCUUCUCCCUAAUCUGUGAUCACUGUUCCAGAUUCCAAGCUGUAGCACCUCUUUUGUCACUCCCAUCCAGUGAGGCACUGCAGGCUAACUGCGGUUCCUUCCCAGAGGAGAGCAAGCUGAGAGGACAGAGCCCAAGGCCAUCCAUCCCCUAGGGCAGGAAGAGGCCAAAUGAGAGCCUCAUCAACAGAGCCUGGCUUCUUUUUCUUUCUCUUUGAGAGACUAAGGAGAAAAUAUACUUGUACAUUCACACCAGUCCAGCUCUGCCACUUUACCAUCUGCUUCCCACAUACUGGAGCAACUGGUGCAAUAUGGAGUUGACCUGGUCAGGUCAACUUUUAGGCUGUAGGUGAAGUUAUUAAUUUGUUUUCUGUCCUUAUCUAAAAUGUUCCUGGGAUGCCCAAAUCAGAGCUUUAGUGCUGCGGUCCCUGCCACUGCCUGCCUCGUGGACUCGCUGAGCGGCACCAGCUGUAAAUUUAGUGUCAUUGACCGGCAGUGGCCUGCUUUGGCUGGUGAUAGAAAACACAGAUUUAAGCUGGGCUUCACUUUUAGUUAAAGACAAAUAAGAUCAACAAAAAUACAUACUAUAUUUCACAAAAAUCAGAUGCAUGUUGUUACAAAUAUUAAAAUACAUAUUUUGUUUUUUAAAAGAUGAAAGAUGAUUAAACCACAUGGUAUUUGGGGGCAAAUGAAGGAUUUUUUUCCUCAGAAGAGAAUUGUACAAUUAUAUUUUUAUGAAAAAUAAAGUAUCUUCACCAAAAUCAUGUUAAAUUGCCUGUUUCACAACACUGAGACAACUCUGUCUACAGCUACACCCUCUCAAGCCUGACAACCUGGGUUCAGCCCCCACAUGGGAGGGCGGGAGAACUGGCUUGGUGGCUGUCCUCUGCCUCCACAGUCCAGCGCGCUCAAGACUGCUUACUGCUCCUGUAGAAGACCCAGGUUCAGUUCCCAGCACCCAGGUAACUACAGUUCCAGGAGAUCCCAUGAGCCCCUGCACAUAGGUGCUGCAUAGGCAAGCACUCAGACACAUG